AUGUCUACACCACCCGGCCAGAACGGUUCUGGCACUCACAAUGAUAGGAAAGUUUCGGGAAAUUCUAAAGUUCUACAAUCCAGACCACGGGAAACUCUUCCCGUUACAGCUCAAUCUGAUCAAAGACUACCUGUUGCACCUCCUAUCUCGGACAACACUCCACAACAUUCAUCUGCGAAUGAUGACCGGCAACAAGUCCGAGACGUUACCACAGGACAGAACCCAGAGUCUGUACCUCCUUUCAAUUUACCAAGUCUACCAUCUCAGAGGCCUGAUCCACAAAACCGUUUUGCCGACCCCUUCAAGUGGCAACCACUUCCAGGAGAGCCUCUGAGUCAAGUUCAUGGCAGCUCUCUACCACAUGAUAUCUGGAGACCACAGAAUUACGCGAGACAUAGCAAUCCCAGGAAUGAUAGUGCAGCUCAUGCCAAUCCUUUGGGUCCAGACAUUUGGAAGCCGCAAAGUUACGCUAGAGAUGGUGAUGACAGCCAUGGUUCCCGUCUUUUCAUUCCUACUCCAAAUCCUCGAGGAGCAAGCUCAAGAAUGAAUCGGGUCGACUCUAAUCAGCAACUACCUUCAUUAGCACAUGCUGUCCCACCGACCAAAAAUAAGUUCACACAACGACUCCCUCCGUUAGCACGAGCUGCUCCAAAAUCCAAUAUGACAUAUGCUCCACGAUUACCUUCAUCAUCACAGGCUAGCCAACCUGCAAACGUUAGAUCUGCUCCAAAGUUUCCCAUACCAUCGCAGGCUAAUCCAACUACCAACACCAGCUCUGCCACACGACAACCUAUAUCAAUACCAGCUGUCCCAGAACACCCUCAAUUAGCACAAGAUUUUCCACACCCCGGUACCAACUCUGCUCCACAACCACCAACACAAGCUCCCACUACUACCCUCGAUCACAUCCCUUCCGAAAAAGCCGAAGAGCUUCGAGACAGACUCUUCAAACUCACCUCCGACUAUCAACGUCUCUACAGCGUCUUCAUGUCUAGUGGAAACGCCAGCUCCAAUGCCGCUCAUUGGAAAUCAAUCGACAUCGAUCUUCCCUAUCUCUUCGAAGUUCGUCAACAAAUCGUCAGCUUCCUGGUUGCCACCAAGAGAUUCGAGAAAGGAGAAGAAAUCAAAGAUCUGCAGGGAUUCAAGGAAUCUCAAAAGCCUUUCUUCAAGAAUUUGGAGGAUGCUGUCGGGGUUGCUGUUGAGAAGAUGACUUGGUUGAGGAGAAAUCUGGAGGGUCCGAAUGGGUAUGCUUAUCAACAUCAAAAUUGGUACUAUCAGGUGAUUGGCAAUAAUCCGCGGAGUGGUUGUUUGCCUUCUGCGAAGGGGGAUGAGGGAGUUGAGGGCGGAGAUGAUGGAGGUGGUGGAAAUGAUGGAGAUGCUGGAGAUGGUGGAGAAUCUAUUGACAAGGCUACAAGACAUGGCGAUGAACAUGGCAAUUUGGUAUCUCCAUCGUUAGACUCUGAAGAUGAAAGAGAGAUGGAAACGGAAAAGGGCAUAACUAUGUAG